AUGUCAACGGGUAAAAGCAAAACAUCAGGUUCCAUUAGGGUUAUUGCAGCCUAUAGCUAUACCAGACUGGAAUGGGAUGGAAUUACCAUGAAUUUUGUAACAGGAUUGCCACUCACACCUAGGAAGAAAGAUGUCAUUUGGGUAAUAGUUGACAAGUUAACAAAAUCAGCACAUUUCUUGCCAAUCAGAAUGGAUUAUACAUUGGAAAAUUAUCAGGCUAGUAUUAAGAUGGCCCGUUAUGAAGCAUUGUAUGGCAGAAAAUAUAGAAUCCCAUUAUGUUGGACAGAAGUUAGUAAAGCUAAACUUGUAAGUCCAGAGUUAAUAAGACAGAUUGAGGAGAAAGUGAAAAUUAUCAAAGAAAGAUUGAAAGCUGCAACUGAUAGACAAAAAUCCUAUGCAUAUUUGAGAAUAAAAGAUAUAGAAUUUGCUGUUGGGGACAAAGUGUUUUUAAAAGUUUCUCCGUGGAAGAAAGUGCUAAGAUUUGGUAAGAAAGGUAAGUUAAGCCCUUCGUUUACUGGUCCAUGUAAAAUAAUUGAGCGUGUAGGUCCAGUAGUCUACAAGCUAGCUUUACAUCCAAAGUUAGACAGAAUACACAAUGUCUUCUAUGUAUCCAUGUUAAGAAGAUACAGAUCUGACCCUGCACAUGUCAUUUCAGUAGAACCCAUUGAUGUACAACCUGGCUUAACUUAUGAAGAAGAACCAAUGAUAAUUUUAGCAAGGAAAAUGAAAGAGGUACGAAAUAAGAAGAUUCCCUUUAUUAAAGUGUUAUGGAGAAAUCACAAGGUAGAAGAAGCUACAUGGGAGAGUGAAGAAGUGAUGAAGCAAUAA